UAUCAUGUACUGACUCAAAGAACAAGAAAAUAAAGCACACGACCCUUUCUACACCUCCUGUUCGCCCGAUAUCUUGAAGAAACCCGCUCAUGUGACCGGCUCUCCAUCAACACCAGCUAGCCUUCAAGCAAAUCUUCACAUCUCCAUCCCCAAACCCGGCAUCACACAGUAAAACAAAUAAGCAUACACGGAAAACUCGCUCGUUUCCCAACAAGCCAAGGACAUAUGACGUUGUAUACAAGGGCCCUCCUCCACAACACCAACCAACGAGCUCUCACGCGGAGCAAACCUCCGACGUCAGCUCCACAUAUCUCACCCACUGAAUAUCUUUAUCGAUCGAUUUCGCCUUGAAUAGAGUCGAUAUACAGUGAUUUAUUUGACAGACACGAUGCAGAUUGUAUUGAUGAUGGCGGGAUCUCGUGCGAUGUGCAAAUGUGAUGUCAUGGCGACGAUGAAGGUGUUGACAUCAUACUUGUGUAGAUGUAGUAUCACGAUGUUUUAUAUGUAGCCUUCCUUACAGCGUGUAAGACAAGACUUUUAUCCUCUUCAUUCUCAUAAAUUCUUCUGUGACAAUACAAAAAGUUCCAGAAAAAAAAAACUCAAUUGAACAUUUAUCUUCUAACACUCCACAAACAACACAACCAUCAUGUCUAUGAACCCCGAGUCUGCUACUCCCCAGCAGGGCGAGUUCCGAAGCAAGGUCGCUCCCGCUGAGCCCCUCACAACCAAGGGCCACAAGCCCGGAGUUCUCGUGGGCAACGACGCCGUCCCCGAGUUCCACGCCGAGCAACACCCCGCCGGCACAGCUCCCCCCGAGAACACUUUCCAGCCCAACCCCGAGACCGAAGUCCCCGCCCAAGCCCCCGGUGCCUCAGGCGGCGUGUCUGCCUCCGCGACUCUCGGGGGUGCUACAUCCGCUGAUGUGCACACCGGUCUAGGCAAGCCUGCCGCUGGGCAGACGAGCCAGGAGCUCCACGGCAAAGAGAAGAAGGAUCGCUCUGGUCUUACGGGCGUUGGUGCGAAUCCCUCUGAUCCUAUUCAUGAUAUGGGUGCGGACCGGGAUCAUCCUACGAACUAUCGUCGAAAGGGUGGUGAGAAUGCAGUGGAUUAUCCCGGUGCGGAGGAUAGAGAACCUGUUAAGGCUGAGCAGGUUGCGAGUGAGCGCGCUUAGAUGUCUGCUGUGCGGACGGGAUGGAGCGAUGUGUCUGUAUUAUUAGCCAUGAUGGCUUAAUGAGUUAAUGUCAAUGAUGUGAAUCAACAGAUCAUCUCAGUUGUUCCAUGUGCGGUAAGAUAUGAGGCUAAUGGCCAGGGGGGUAUAACAUCGGGUUGAGGUUCACUUGGCUCGACGCCCAGCGACAAUGUGAGGUCUAACAUUGGCCGAAUGAUGAUGCCCGGCGUUCAUAUAGCUGCAUCCAUAUGCCGGUAGAUCUGCAAGACUUGUUCAUCUUUAGCUCUGGAUGUAAUCGGGCAUGUCAGCAACACGGGUCCAACAUCAGCAACCAUCAAUGAACCCUGCUAUAGUGUCGCACACAAAAACGACCUGACAAAAGACUCGAUGAGCAACCAUCAAGGUAAAGCAGGGCACACUUGGGCAUCAAUGUGCGCCUUUUGCUUCAAGAUAGUGGCAAUGCUUCACUACACUGCAAUGCAACCCAUCGAGGCAUAAUCACCCAGCCGUGGACCCCUCAGCCCUAUGCAACACAACAGUCUGCAUCCUCAAGAAUGCCUCGCGAUGCGCCUUUUUAAUUAUAGGAUCAAGCGUUGAAACAUUGAUGUCGCCAUGAUCGUCGUAAGCCUUCGAUUUGGGAUGAACUCAAUCCUUCGGCAGUGCGACUUUGAACUUCUGACAUCCCUGUUGGAGCGCCUCCAACCGUCCAACGGUCCCUGGAUCUCCCCACCCGUGAGGGGAAGUUGAGCAGCUAGAGCAGAAGUCGAUUGGUAGGCUACAUACCUAUUCAUGGAUUAUGGAUGAUGGGACGACGUGCGGCCGCUGUGAACUGUGAUGGAUGCUUGGAAGAUGAGUGAAAAGUUAUUGGAAGGUCUAUAUCUAUGUACAUAAUGGUUGCUGGAUGUCUGAUCACCGACGAUGAGCGUGGGGGCUUCAUAUCUAAGCAUCAUUUGAGUCGCCUGGAAAGGCUCUCACUAUACUCAAAAUGACAGUUUCAGCACCCCAUGCAGCAAUAUCGGGCUCUCUCGACGCUUGUUUGGGCAUUAUUUCUCCUCAUUUGUCUUCGGAAGCAACGGCAGUUGUUCUUCAAGUCUGGGCCGAGACCCCAUUCCCAUGCUCUAGCGGAUCUCGUAGGUAUCCACUACCACGCGCCAUCUAAUGCUAAUAAAUCUUGUUC